GACGUCACCACGCCGGCGGCCGCCAUUACAGAGAGCCGAGCUCCGGGGCUAGAGAAAGCGAAGCAAGGGGGCCGCCGUCAGUGGCCGAGCACAGCAGAGCAAGCCAGCGGGCCAAGGGUAGCGCCGAGCAACCGCCAGUCACCACACAGGUAGCCCCCCCAGAAGCCGGCGGCGGCGUGUGCGUGUGGCCCGUGUGCGGGCGGCGGCGCGGGAGUAGCGCGGGGCGGCAGCCGGUUCGGGCGGGUGGCAUCAUGGACGAGAAGGUGUUCACCAAGGAGCUGGACCAGUGGAUCGAGCAGCUGAACGAGUGCAAGCAGCUGUCCGAGUCCCAGGUCAAGAGCCUUUGCGAAAAGGCUAAAGAAAUUCUUACGAAAGAAUCCAAUGUGCAAGAAGUUCGAUGUCCAGUCACCGUCUGUGGAGAUGUGCAUGGGCAAUUUCAUGAUCUCAUGGAACUGUUUAGAAUUGGUGGCAAAUCACCAGAUACAAAUUACUUGUUUAUGGGAGAUUAUGUUGACAGAGGAUAUUAUUCAGUUGAAACAGUUACUCUGCUUGUAGCUCUUAAGGUUCGUUACCGGGAACGUAUCACUAUUCUUCGAGGAAAUCAUGAGAGCAGACAGAUCACACAAGUAUAUGGUUUCUAUGAUGAAUGUUUAAGGAAAUAUGGAAAUGCAAAUGUUUGGAAAUAUUUUACAGAUCUUUUUGACUAUCUUCCUCUCACUGCCUUGGUGGAUGGGCAGAUCUUUUGUCUACAUGGUGGCCUCUCACCAUCCAUUGAUACACUGGAUCACAUCAGAGCACUUGACCGCCUACAAGAAGUGCCUCAUGAGGGCCCAAUGUGUGACUUGCUGUGGUCAGAUCCAGACGACCGUGGUGGUUGGGGUAUAUCUCCUCGAGGAGCUGGUUAUACUUUUGGGCAAGAUAUUUCUGAGACAUUUAAUCAUGCCAAUGGCCUCACGUUGGUGUCUAGAGCUCACCAGCUGGUGAUGGAGGGAUAUAACUGGUGCCAUGACCGGAAUGUAGUAACGAUUUUCAGUGCUCCAAACUAUUGUUAUCGUUGUGGUAACCAAGCUGCAAUCAUGGAACUUGAUGAUACUCUAAAAUACUCUUUCUUGCAGUUUGAUCCAGCCCCUCGCAGAGGCGAGCCACAUGUCACCCGUCGUACCCCAGACUACUUCCUGUAAUGAAAUUUUAAACUUGUACAGUAUUGCCAUGAACCAUAUAUUGACCUAAUGGAAAUGGGAAGAGCAACAGUAACUCCAAAGUGUCAGAGAAUAGUUAACAUUCAAAAAACUUGUUUUCACACGGACCAAAAGAUGUGCCAUAUAAAAAUACAAAGCCUCUUGUCAUCAACAGCCGUGACCACUUUAGAAUGAACCAGUUCAUUGCAUGCUGAAGCGACAUUGUUGGUCAAGAAACCAGUUUCUGGCAUAGCGCUAUUUGUAGUUACUUUUGCUUUCUCUGAGAGACUGCAGAUGAUAGGAUGUAAACAUUAACACCUUGUGAAUACAAUUUAACUUCCAUUUAGCUAUAGCUUUACUCAGCAUGACUGUAGAUAAGGAUAGCAGCAAACAAUCAUUGGAGCUUAAUGAACAUUUUUAAAAAUAAGUACCAAGGCCUCCCCUCUACUUGUGAGGUUUAAAAUCGUUUUGUUAUUUUCAGGGAUACCGUUUAAUUUAAUUGUAUGAUUUGUCUGCAUUCAGUUUAUUUCCCUACUCAAAUCUCAGCCUCAUGUUGUUCUUUGUUACUGUCAGAACCUGGUGAAUUGUUUUGAACAGAACUGUUUUUUUCCCCUCCUGUAACACGAUGUUACUGCACAAGAGCACUGCGGUGUUUUUCAUAAUAAACUUGUGAACUAAGAACUGAGAAGGUCAAAUUUUAAUUGUUAUUGAUGGACAAGACUGGUGCUGUUUAUUUAAAAGACACAUCAAUUGAUAAAUUUUAGAAUUUGUAGAAUCAUAGAUAAAGAAAAAUAAAAAUCAAGGCCACUGCAUAAUCUCUGGUAAUUCCUUGACAUUCUUCAGAUGAACUUCAGAAUUUACUUUAGUCCAGAUAAUGCACUGUGUGAGAUUGCUCUGUUGUUUUUUUUUUGUUUGUUUGUUUUUGUGGGAUCUUCUAUUAACUUGUCUACAAGAAAGGAAAUCUGUAAGACCUGUCUGUAAAACAAUAAAAUGGUUUAAGGGUUUUGUUUGAAUAAAACAGCAUGAUUUCAGGUAGA